CAUAUUCAUUGUGUUUCUCUUUUGAACAGCGUGAACACACAUGUCGAUCAAAUUAAUAUGAAAACAAACAUACAAUACUAAAAAGUAAAGCAUUCUAGAGAUUAUAUGAAAAAGACACCGGAAUCUGGGGCCCUCGCGCUGUUGUUGAUUGUUGAUCGGUAUCCUGCGUAACUUCCUCCACGUGGUGUGGGCUCAAACUCCCGCCCGGAACAGUCAUUUGUCAACACUGCUGCAGGUCAGACCGGUCUGUGUCUUUGUCCUCUUCGCCCAGUUUUACCAGCAUGGCUGCAAAUCAAGAAGAACCAGACAUUGACGAUAGUCUUGCCAGCGAGGAGGAGCUCGAGCAGGCCCUGGCUGUGCUGGCUGGAAGCGACCCAGAAAACUGCUCCUAUUCUCGGGGCUAUGUAAAGAGACAGGCUGUGUUUGCCUGCAGCACCUGCACUCCCAAUGCUGCAGAGCCUGCUGGAGUGUGUCUGGCCUGUGCCAAUAAAUGCCACGAAGGACAUGAUAUCUUUGAACUAUACACCAAAAGAAAUUUCCGCUGUGACUGUGGAAAUGGCAAGUUCGGGGAGUUCAAGUGCCAGCUAAUUCUUGCCAAAGAUGAGCAAAACGACAGAAAUCAAUACAAUCACAACUUCAACGGCUGCUACUGCACGUGCGACCGGCCGUACCCAGACGCAGACGAUCAGUCCAACGAUGAGAUGAUUCAGUGUAUCAUCUGUGAGGAUUGGCUUCAUAGCAUGCACCUGGGCUGCACCACAGUGGAACCUGAUGAGCUGCAAGAGAUGAUAUGUGAGACCUGCAUGAACAGGUUUCCCCUCCUGUGGACGUAUGCUGCUCACUUUGCAGCACCACCUGUGAUCAGUGUCAGUCAGCCUGAAGAGGAGGUAGAAGUCGAUGUAGAGGAAGGAGCAGAAAAGGAAGAGUCCAGUCCAAGCAGAGAUGAGGAACCGUCCACCAGUGUCGAGCACACAAAGCAGGAGGAAGCAGCAAACAGGAGUUCCCCUUGCAAGCGGAGCCACGAGGAAAUGACAAGCAGCACUGCAAACGCCACGACCAAAACCGUUGUGUGCAGGCUGGAGGAGCUGCAGGCCGAGGGUCCGGAGAGGCAGCGGCAGGGGGCCGUGUUCUGGCCCUACAGCUGGCGCUCCCAGCUCUGCACCUGCAUGAGCUGCAAGAAGCUCUAUGUGGCUGCCGAGGUGCAGUUCCUCAUGGAUCAAUCCGACACUAUUCUGGCCUAUGAGAACAAAGGCAUGGACGAGCCAUUUGGGCAGCACCCGCUGAUGGCGCUGACUAACUCGAUGGACCGUGUGCAGCAGCUGGAGGUCAUUUACGGUUUCAACGAGUUCACAACUUCGAUGACUGCGUUUUUAGAACAGUGUGUUGCUGAAGGAAAGACCUGAAAAACACUGUCUCUCUCAGACGGUCACAGUCGAAGCUGUUCACCAGUUCUUCGAGGAGCUGCGGGCUAAAAAGAAACGAAGGACCAAUGCAGGGAACCAGUAACAAGGAGGCCAUGCUGCCAUCAUAUGCCUGCUUCAUAUGGUGCUUUGAAUGAAUGUGGAAAUUAGAAAAUGACCCUUUUUCCUUGUUAAAUAAAGGGGAUUCUUGCUGCAACCAAUGUGAUCCUAAAGCUUGAACAACUAGUGCAAAGAGUACUGACAUGCUGUUAAGAAAUGUUACUUCUAGUGAGUUUCAUGUUCAAUUGUUUUUAUUGAUUUAAAAUAAUGCCUUAACUCUGAAGUUCAUAAUGAAUGUUACUUGAAUCGUUGAUGAGCAAAAUACAUUUUAUUCCAGCCCGAUAUGCUUUAAAAAGAUUUUAUUUGUUACGAGUCCAUCAGAGGAACAUGGCAAUGUCAUGUGUAUUCCUGUUCAGUCUGUCAUUUUAAUACCAUGUGUUUUAAAUUGUGUUUUCUGGGGGCGACAAACAUGUUUGUAAAAGUGAUGUAAACAAAUAUCGCUGUUUUAUGUGGAUUAUUGUUUCAAAUAAAAAUAUCACGUUUCUAGUGAACAAAACGAUCAAAUAUUUUCCAUAAUAUCAAACCAGUUUAUUUUGAGGAUGCCCAAGUUGACCACUGUUAUGCACCUUUUGAGGUGACAGUAGAAAAAUAGAUUCAGUGAAACUAAAUGCAACUUAAUAUCAAUCUACAAACAUGUUUUCUAUGAUACGAUACAAGUUCAAAGUACCUGUUGUAUUUCAACACAAGCAAUCACACAUUUCAGAUGGUUCCAUUUCAAAAGGUGCUAAAUAACACUAUGUACACAAAAUGAGCUACAUGAGAUUUGAAAGGACUAUUUGAUGCAGGCUGGUAGAAAAGAGCUUGCAUAGACAUCAAAGUCACUUUUCCAAUAAAAGCCCAGCCGCAGGCGGGGGAAGGCACUGACUUCUCUACAGCAAAGAGCAAAACAAGGACUUUUAUUCGACGGAACAUUGUCCUGGAAAAUAAAACAACUGCCCAACAUGAACAUGGGGA